ACCGUAUUUUUAUUCUCUCUUCCAUCUCUAAAGGCGGCGGUAACAUAAAGUUAGGGCAAGGGGCGAGAAAUCAGUUUUGAAUUAAUGCUUUCGCUUCAUGAUGAUGGCUCAUGAUUCAGCUAUUCCUUUUCAUUCGCUUGCUUCGUCUGUUAUUGUGUUCAAUAGAUUGAACUUCUCUGAAUGGCGUGAACAAGUCCAAUUCCACUUAGGUGUAAUGGAUCUUGACUUGGCUCUGCUGAAUGAUAAGUCCGCUGCCAUUACUGAUUCGAGCAGUGCAGAUGAGAAGUCUUUCUAUAAAGCAUGGGAACGCUCUAACAGGCUAAGGCUUAUGUUUAUGCGAAUGAAUAUUGCCAACAACAUUAAGAGUACUAUUCCACAAACAGAAAGUGCCAGGGAAUACCUGAAGUUUGUGGAAGAACGUUUUCGUUCUGCAGAUAAGUCUCUCGCUGGUACACUAAUGGCUGAACUCACGACCAUGAAGUUUGAUGGGUCGUGCAGUAUGCAAAACCAUAUCAUCGAGAUGACUAACAUUGCAGCAAGACUUCAGACCUUGGGGAUGAAAGUGGAUGACUCCUUCUUGGUUCAGUUUAUUCUGAACUCGUUACCUCCUGAGUAUGGACCUUUUCAAAUUAACUAUAACACUAUUAAGGAUAAGUGGAAUGUUAGUGAAUUGUUCAGUAUGCUUACUCAGGAGGAGUCGAGACUUAAGAAAUAAGGGAAUCAUUCAAUUAACCUCAUGGGUCAAGGAGUUGGUAAAGGACUUAAAGUGAAGGCCAACAAGUUCAAGAAGAAGAAAGCACCUGCUAAAGCUCAACAGGAUGCUAACAAGGAACAUAAGGCAGAUAUGUGUCGUUUUUGUAACAAGGAAGGACAUUAUCAGAAAGAUUGCCUGAAACGUAAAGCUUGGUUCGAA